AUGGAAAACAGCAUCAUCCCACCAUCCGUCAUGAUGUUCAACCCGUCCGGGUACGGGCUGAAUAUCGGACAGACCGACGUCGUGAACAAUCUGGUCGUCGACUCGAUCGGGCUGCUGAAUCUGCCCCCGAACAUGGCUGGCCCGUACUUGCCCGAGGACAGCUCGACGAUUUCAGACGUGUACGGCAUGUGGCUUGGUCCGACACCAGAGGAAGGCGGAUUCAGCAUCGAAUUCAGUGUCGUGGGCCCGUACCCGCCGGCCGAAGGCGUUCGGUCGGGAGAGGCUGCGAGGGCGAGCACCACCACCACAACCGAGGCUGACGCGAGCAUGGCACCGCCAAAAUCCGUCAAAUGGUCGCGGGUCAAGUUUGCCGCGCUGUCCCUCGACGAGCUCAAGUGUGCCGAGAGACAGCUCAAGGAGGCCCAGGACCGCUGGAAAGAUAACCACCAGGCUUUGGAGUUGCUGGAUGCGUGGCUCAAGGAGGUGGCGGACGCGAAGAAGAAGUAUGAGCUCGAAGGGGAAGGGGGGGAGGGCUCUAGCUAG